AAUUUAAUAUUUAAUGGUUGACGUUGGCCGUUGGCGACGACGAUAAAAACAUUCAUUAAUUUUUCAUAUCUGUUUUAAAUUGUUAAGCAAUUUAAAAAAUGUUGACUACAUGAGGAAAGGUACAUAAACUCGUUUGACUAGUUAAUUAAUAUUCUUGCGUUUUAAAACUACUUUUUUUGUUCUAAACAAGCAGAUAUUUCACUUACCCACAUUAGAUAUAGGUACAUGCCAGAAUUAGAACAUUUAUUAGUUACUUUUCAGUAAUUUGAGGAAAUUUAUCUAUAGCGCAUAAAAUUUACGAUGAAUGAAGCCUUUGUAGAAAUAAAUAAAGUUAGAACAAAAGUUGUUACAUGGGGAAGAUGGAUAGAAGAAGCCCAAAAGGACACAAACAAAAUAAUAAUAUUUAUACCAGGUAAUCCUGGUGUUGUAAGUUUUUAUAAUAAAUUUGCACAAACACUGUAUGAGAGAUCUGAAAUACCUGUGUGGUGUGUGGGUCAUGCUGGACAUAAUUUUGCUGACAAAUCAAUAACUACUUUUCCUAAAUUUGAAGACCAUAAAUCUUUGUAUGGAUUGAAAGGUCAGGUGGAACAUAAGGUUGAAUUUUUUAAAAAGUAUGUACCGCAGGAUGCCAAAAUAUACCUUGUAGCUCAUUCAAUUGGAUCAUAUGUUUCAUUGGAACUGCUCGAACACCCUGAUAUUAAAAAUAGAAUUGAAAAUGUUUACUUAUUGUUUCCUACAGUUGAGCAUAUGGCAAAUACCAAAAAUGGAAAAUUUUUGAACUUUGUGAAAUGUUUUGUAUCUAUAUUGCUGUUUCUAUCAUGGAUCUUUACAUUGUUGCCAACAAUGCUUUCCGCACUUUUGUUAUACAUUUAUACGUACAUUGCAAAUGUACCAUAUAAUUUACAUUCUGAGAGUAUUAAAGAAUUACUCAAACCAGGGAUUCUUCGACGAGUAUUCUUUUUAGCUUAUGAAGAAAUGGAUCAAGUUAAAGAGAGAAAUAGUGCAGCUAUUAGGGAAAACGUUAAUAAAAUCAAGUUCUAUUAUGGCAAGACUGAUGGAUGGACUCCUGACAGUUAUAUUAAUAAGUUAAAACAAGAUAUACCAAACGUAGAUGUAGAAAUUUGUACAUUUGACCACGCAUUUGUUUUUAAUUAUAGUACUGAAGUGGGUGCCACUGUUGCCGAUUGGAUAUUGACGAAAAAAUAAUUAAUAUUAUGUUAUUUAUUGUUUAUUAAAUGAUUAUAGAGUUCAUAUAUACUAGUUAUCUUCUAUAUGUUAUUGGAUAAAUUUAUCUUGGUUGAAUAAUUAACUAUAUUUUAUACA